AUGCCGGUUUGCGAUGCUGCUCCCCGCAGCAGCUCGUCAGGGACUGUGCUUAAUUGGCCAUAUUCCACGUUAUCAACGUCCAGACACCUAAGUAACGAGAGUCUAGUGUUCACAUUCCCAAUUAGGGAUGAGGCCAGCCGGGUGCACAAGGGCGAGCUGGCCAGCAAAGCCGAGGUGAGCAGCGAGCGCGGGGCUGCCCGGAGCCAGCAGGUGCGGCUCUGUGGCUGCUGUUUCUGUGCCUGGGGCCAGGCAGGGCCGUUCCUUACGGGUGCAAUUUUGCUGCUACCCUCCCAGCCUGGCUGGGCUCUGCCACACGAUGCUGGGCCUGUGUCUGCCUCGUGCCGUGCACACCCACCUCUGUUCCUGCUCUGCGUGCAUUGCCGGCCGUGUGUGAGCUCCAUCUCUGCUGACCGCUGUGUCCUGUGGGACUUCACCGGCUGGGGUUGGAGUGCAGCAAAUCCAGCCCAGAAGCUGGUACGGGGCUGGCUACAUUCCCUCAGACUUGUGAGAGACUGCAGCAAGAGGCACAGCCUUCGUCCCGCUGCUCACUCGUGCAAACCAAGGCACUCCACCAAGAUGCUGGAAAACUCCACAUUGGCCUGGCAUCCUCUGCGGCUGGACGCUGUCCCACGUGCACAGAACAAAGCCCUGGAUGCAAUGAGACUCACAACUCCAAGUCGGGAGUGCGACGCAGCAGCUGCUCUGGUCAGAGAUGGCUCCGGCUUCUUCAGAAAGAAUAAAACUGAGCCUAGCCCAUGUGGUAAUACUUGACAACUCUACGGGUGUGGAAAAAGUCUUUCCUCUGUAUGCCUGCCCAGCUUUAUUCUUGCAGCUGUGUGUGUGUGUCUCACGCUGUGGUUUAGUGACCAACAUGGAUCUGAAGCACUUCAGGGCCUUCAGUCC